AUGGUGACCUUGGACGAGAUCGAGUCAAAGCUGCUUCAGAAGCCUUCCGGCGAUGGGCUGGAGGAGUCUCUUGAGCGCGCCCAGUCGGCUUAUAAGCCCCUAGACACCUUCAAGCUCGAGAAGGGCCGCAGCUACCAGCAACAGUAUGCAGACACAUACUUCCUCCGGCUGACCAAGAUCAAGCCCGCCGUCGAGCAGGUCGCAGAGGCCGCGUGGGAGGGGACCGUCGUCGGCGGCGAGACGGCCAAGAAGGCCGACCGCGUGCUGGACGUGCGCCAGGGCGAGCUGUGCUGGGUCGCCGGCACCGUGUACGUGGACAUGUCGCUCAAGCCCAACAUCCUGGACGACGUGUCCAAGGACCGCUGGAUCUCGGCGCCCACUUCUGUCGCCAAGUACUUUGGUGACGACGAGGGGGAUGCCGUCAUGCUCGAGGACGACUCUGGCCGCAUCCGGCUCACCGGCGACAUCCUGAAGUCCGUCAUGCUCGUCACCGGGUGCAUCAUUGCUGUUGUGGGGACGGAGAAUGCGAAUGGUGACUUUGAGGUCAUCGACGUGAAGUUCGCGGACCUGCCGCCACAGCCGGACCGGUGGGCAUUAUCAGAACUGCCGAAGAACGAUGCGAAUGGCUCGGUAAAGGGGAAGAAGAAGGCUGUGAAGACCGAGGACGUUGAGAUGACGGACGCCUCACCCUCACGCAGUGGCAGCAAAAUCGCAAUUGUCUCGGGUCUCAACUUUGCGGGCGACGACACCUCACAUGCAGUGGAACUGAAUCUUCUGCUUGAGUACCUACUUGGCGAGGCCCUGGACCCCAGUGCGCAAGCAGAGCUGUCUCAUAUUAGCCGCCUCAUCAUCGCAGGCAACUCCAUCGCCGCUGCGAAUCCUCGAUUCGGUGAAUCUGCAGGAGAGAAGAAGGCCGCGCAGAAGAAGUACGGCUACGACGCUAGUUCAUACAACCCGUUGCCUUCACAACUUCUGGACGAGUUCCUGGCUGAGCUGUUGCCCACCAUGCCCGUCACCAUCCUCCCGGGAGAACACGACCCGGCCAACGCCAGCUUUCCCCAGCAGCCUAUACACACGGCUAUGUUCCCGCGGUCCAGGGCAUUCGCGGCUGCGCCGAAUUUUAAAGACAAGGGAUGGCUAGACCCGGUGACGAAUCCAUGGGAGGGAGAGCUGGAUGGCUGGAGGGUGCUCGGCACGGGUGGGCAGAAUGUGGACGACCUUUUCAAAUACAUCGACAGUGAUGACAGGGUCGGGAUGAUGGAAGUCAUGUGCCGGUGGCGGUGCAGUGCGCCAACCGCGCCGGACACAUUAUGGAGCUACCCAUUCCAGGAUGACGAUCCCUUCGUCAUGAAUGACUGCCCUCACGUCUACUUUGUGGGCUGUCAGCCCGAGUUCGGCACGAAAGUCAUCUCUGGCCCGGAAGGGCAGGCAGUCCGCCUCGUUGCAGUCCCAUCGUUCUCCGAGUCCAAGGAGCUAGUGCUGCUUGAUACUGAGACCCUGGAGGUAUCGCGCAUCAAGAUUUCAGCGUCAUAG